GCUUAUAUUGGGCUUUGUCACAUUUGAAUGGCGAAAGCUUAACCCUAAAAAACCCUACACCCUAAAAUUCCCCUUCCUCCUCCCCUUCCUCAUCCUCUCAUAAACGGCCGCGCCUUUCUCUCUCACAGGUAAGACAUGGUUAAGCAUAACAAUGUUGUGCCCAAUGGGCACUUCAAGAAGCACUGGCAAAACUAUGUCAAGACAUGGUUUAACCAACCAGCCCGAAAGACCCGCAGACGCAUAGCUCGUCAGAAGAAGGCAGUCAAAAUCUUUCCUCGACCUACGGCCGGACCUCUUCGACCCAUUGUACAUGGCCAGACUUUGAAAUAUAAUAUGAAAGUGAGAGCUGGUAGGGGUUUUUCUCUUGAAGAACUCAAGGCUGCUGGUAUUCCAAAGAAACUUGCUCCAACAAUUGGAAUUGCAGUUGAUCACCGUCGCAGGAAUCGUUCUCUGGAGGGUCUCCAAGCUAAUGUUCAGAGGCUGAAAACAUACAAGGCCAAAUUGGUUGUCUUCCCAAGACGUGCUCGCAAGUUCAAGGCUGGUGAUUCUGCUCCUGAGGAACUGGCAACUGCAACCCAAGUACAAGGACAGAUUAUGCCUAUUGUACUGGAGAAGCCAUCCGUGGAGCUUGUGAAGGUCACUGAGGAAAUGAAGUCAUUCAGGGCUUAUGACAAGCUCCGUGUGGAGCGCACGAGUGCACGCCAUGUUGGUGUCAGGUUGAAGAGGGCUGCAGAAGCCGAGAAGGAAGAGAAGAAGUAGAAGUUUGACCCUGUCAAGUGGAUUUUUGUUGUUUCGUUGUUCAAUCGUGUCUUAGAAGUUUCAAGGAUUCCUAGUUUGUGGACUUGCUUUCAAAUAUAUUUGAAUAUGCUGCUUGCCGUUAUUAUUAUUAUUGUUUUUUGCCGUGCUCAA